CUAGAACAAAAACAAACACUGUCUUUCAUUUAGUCACACACAGUGGUAAGAUUUCCUGAUGUAAGAAGAUCCAGCUGAUGAAACCUCUUUAUUAGAUUAAUAGUGAUUCACGUCCACGCCUCCCCUUCCUGAAACAAAAGCCUGAUAACUCCUCCUUCUUCUAGCUAUGAAACACUCCAUUAUUUCCUUAUUUUGCAACAUUUCCUUCCUCUCCCUCCCUUUAGAUCUACAAGUUUGGACAUAUCUGUAACCACCCUGAGCUGACAGGCUACAUUCGCUGCAGAACGAGACUUGUUCGUGAGCUCAAACUACUUUUAGGUGUAAGGAAGUGAAACUAACAACGCCGCCAUAUCGAGGGGAGAAAUGGCGCAAACUGGAACAGACUUAAGUCAAGAAACCAUCUCUUGUUCCAUCUGUCAGGAUCUACUGCAGGACCCUACCACCAUUCCCUGUGGACACAACUACUGCAUGAACUGUAUUAAAAGCUACUGGGAUCAGGAAGGAAAAAGCAGCUGCCCUGAGUGUAGAGAGAAGUUCAAACCGAGGCCUAACCUGGUGAAAAACACCAUGUUAGCAGCUUUAGUGGAGCAGCUGAAGAAGACUGGAAUCCAACCUGCUCCAGCUGAUCACUGCUAUGCUGGACCAGGAGACGUGGCCUGCGAUGUCUGCACUGGGAAGAAGCUGAAAGCCACCAAGUCCUGCCUGGUCUGUCAGAUCUAUUACUGUAAGAAACACCUCCAGCCUCACUAUGAAAAUCCUUCUUUUAAAAAUCAUAAACUUGUGGAAUCUUCCAUUAAGCUCCAGCAGCUCAUCUGCUCUCGUCAUAAUGAGGAGAUGAAGAUCUUCUGUCGCACGGAUCAGCAGAGUAUCUGUUACCUCUACUUGAUGGAUGAACAUAGAGGUCACCAGACGGUUUCAGCUGCAGCAGAAAGAGCUGAGCGGCAGAAAGAGCUGGAGGUGAGUCGACAGCAGAUCCAGCAGGGAAUCCUGGACCGAGAGAAAGAUGUGAAGCUGCUUCAGCAGGAGGUGGAGGCCAUCAACGCCUCUGCUGAUAAAACAGUGCAGGACAGUGAGAAGAUCUUCUCAGAGCUGAUCCGUUUGAUCCACAAAAGAAGCUCUGAUGUGAAGCAGCAGAUCAGAUCCCAGCAGGAAACUGAAGGGUGUCGAGUCAAAGGGCUUCAGGAGAAGCUGCAGCAGGAGAUCACUGAGCUGAAGAGGAAAGAUGCUGAGCUGGAGAAGCUCUCACGUACAGAGGACCACAACCAGUUCCUACACAGCUACCCCUCACUGCCUGCACUCAGUGAGUCUACACACUCCUCCAGCUUCACUAUCCGUCCUCUCGGAUACUUUGCGGAUGUGACAGCAGCUGUGUCAGAGCUCAGAGAUCAGCUACAGGACAUCCUGACAGACAGAUGGACAAACAUCUCACUGACGGUCACCGAUGUGGAUGUUUUACUGUCUGACGUUUUACCAGAACCAAAGAGCAGAGCUGGAUUCUUAAGACAUGCAAAAGAAAUCACACUGGAUCCAAACACAGCACAUCCACAGCUGUUAAUCUCAACGGGGAGGAGAAAAGCAACAUACAUGAAACAACCACAGCUUUAUUCUGAGCAUCCAGACAGAUUCACCCACUGGUGUCAGGUCCUGAGCAGAGAGGGUCUGACUGGGCGCUGUUACUGGGAGGUGGAUUGGAGCGGAGUGGUGGAAAUAACAGUCUCAUACAGGAACAUCACCAGAGCAGUGUCAGGACCUCGUUCCUCCAGAGUAGGAGUGUAUCUGGAUCACAAAGCAGGAAUCCUGUCCUUCUACAGCGUCUCUGAAAGCAUGGCCCUCCUCCACAGAGUCCAGACCACAUUCACCCAGCCGCUCCAUGCUGGACUUUGGUUCUUGACGCCGUCUGAUGAAUCCACUGCUGAGAUCAUGAAACUGAAAUAGAUGCGAGUCAGUCGGUCGGUUGAAAUGUGACUUUUAGUUUCCAGUUUAUUUCAUCUCCAUCACCAGCUGUCAGUCACACUUAAUAGAUGGGACUCUGGCAUCUCAUUGUUCCACUCUGUCAUCCAUCCAUCCAUCCAUCCAUCCAUCCAUCCAUCCAUCCAUCCAUCCAUCUUCAUUUCUCCCAGCCUCUUCUUCCAGCUCCUCCAGGGGAAUCCUGAGGUGUUCCCCGGCCAGCUGAGAGACUCUUGUGUGCAAUCCAGAUAUGAGUCUUUAUUUUAUUAACCUCAGUUUGUAUGGAUAACAGACGUGUUGUGGGCCAAAUAUUUUACUAAACUGUCGCUGAUGUAACAGGAGUGUUUUUGUUGCGGCUUCAUCUGCUGCUGGAGUGAAACUGGACAGAAAUAAGCGUUUAGUGAAUCUACAGUUAUAAAUGUAGCCUGGAAUGAUUUAUCCUUCUUAUCUGAGCUUUCUACUGGUGUCUGACAUGUAGGUAUAGA